GACUCUUUCUUCAUCUUCGGUCGCUGUGCACGCGCCUUCUCCAUCCAGCGACAGCGCCUCAUCUUUUUGUAGAAGUUCCACUUGAGCAGAAUGAGCUUUCCUGCCAGUCAGGACGGGGGAUCGACUCGACACAACACCCUGUUCUGCCGGGCCGAGUAAUGUGAUGUGUCUGGUAGUAGGGUAAAAUAGUGCGGGCUCUUGUUUUAGGCCUAUUUUAUUUUCUUUCUUUAACCAGGCGAGAGGGAGAGAGAGAGAGGGGCAGCGCGGCUGGGCCGUGACCGUUUGUUUGUGUGGACUGACUGUUAGCUAGCAGCUUUCCGCCGAGUUUACACUUCAGCAUCCGUUCUCUUCUAUUUGGACUCUAUAUUUGCUGGAUAAGUAAACAGUUUUAUUGAUUUUCACGUAUUGUCCGACGAAGUGAAGCGAAAUUUCUUGUGAAAGUGGAUUUUCUUGAUGAAGGACCAAGCUCUCAUUUUGGUGCUAAACCCGAGAACAUAAACAGAAGCUGGCGCUAGCCGAAGGAGGGACUACUAUUUUGUAUCUACGGCUGGAUUCUCCAGUACCGUUAUGGACAUGUUUAUGGAUAUAACCUACAAAGUUUCUCAAAAUUGCUCAGUUCUCAGUAGUCUAGUAAUUUCCGACACCUCCAACGUAAAGUAGAGCGAACUCUAUCUUGUACUUUUAUCUGCAGUAUAAUUAAUGCGUUCAAGAGUUAGCUAGCUAGUUAGCAAACUUGGUUGAAUUAAGGUUACUAGCUGCCAGAGUUAGUUUUAUUAUUAUUAUUAUUAUUAUUAUUAAUUAGCAGGUUCUUGAGCGGCAAAGAUGUCGUUUUUCAACCUGCGGAAGAUAUUUAAGCUUGGCAUCGACAAAAAGAAGAAACAGUACGAACACGUUCAUAGAGACGUGAAUCCGGAGGAAGUGUGGGAGAUUGUAGGAGAGCUCGGAGAUGGAGCCUUUGGAAAGGUCUACAAGGCUCAGAACAAGCAAACAGGCAUCCUUGCAGCUGCUAAAGUGAUCGACACCAAGACAGAGGAGGAGCUGGAAGACUACAUGGUUGAGAUAGAUAUCCUUGCUUCAUGUGACCAUCCAUAUAUAGUCAAACUGCUUGACGCAUUCUACUUUGAGAGCAAGUUAUGGAUACUUAUUGAGUUUUGUGCAGGAGGUGCAGUUGAUGCUGUCAUGUUGGAGCUGGAGCGGCCACUGACAGAGCCACAGAUCCGUGUGGUGUGUAAACAGACCCUAGAUGCACUGGUGUAUCUUCAUGAGAAUAAGAUUAUCCACAGAGACCUGAAAGCUGGAAACAUUCUGUUUUCUUCAGAUGGUGAUGUCAAGUUGGCUGACUUUGGAGUGUCUGCAAAAAACACUAGGACUCUACAAAGAAGAGACUCUUUCAUUGGAACUCCUUACUGGAUGGCCCCUGAAGUGGUGAUGUGUGAGACAUCAAAAGACAGACCAUAUGACUACAAAGCGGACAUCUGGUCCCUUGGGAUCACGCUGAUCGAGCUGGCACAGAUUGAGCCGCCCAAUCACGAGAUGAACCCUAUGAGAGUCCUGCUCAAAAUAGCAAAGUCUGAGCCCCCUACACUCCUGCAGCCCUCUCGAUGGUCUUCCGAGUUCAGUGAUUUCCUGAAGAAAGCUCUGGAUAAAAAUGUAGACCAUAGAUGGAGCGCAACACAACUCCUGCAGCAUCCAUUUGUUUUAAGCGUAACUGACAACAAACCUGUCCGUGAACUGGUUGCUGAGGCUAAAGCAGAAGUGUUUGAGGAGAUUGAAGAAGGCAAGGAAGAAGAAGACGACGAUGAGACCGACACACCCCUGGAUGUGCGGGGACAUAAGCGUGCACUAUCUGAAAUCAGCACUGGCAGCACAGAGGACGAGAAGCUUUCUGAGAAUGCGUCUAUGCUGGAAUCGGUCACUGAGAAAGCUGAGCCACAGGCAAAACCCGAAACAGCUGAGGACAGUAAGAGGAGCUCAGCUGUGGCUCUGGAUUCCUCCGAGCCUGACCAUGCUGAGGGAGAGCACAUGGAGGCAGCUGCAGUGGCAGACCUCAGUCCUAGAGACUCGCAUGCUGGAGACAAGAGCGUGUCAAGCCAAGAAGAAACCCAGACUUCAGAAUGCCCUGCUGAGGAGAAGAUUCCUGAAGUUCCAGAGACCCAGAAAGAUGCUGUUCAGAAGACCGUGACUGUCAGUGAAGAGACUGGAGAGGAGGAGGAAGAGCAGAUUAGGACGACUGAACCUACUGAGAGCUGUGAGGAAAAGAAAAUGGCAGAUGAACAAAACGAUCAGCAGCUGGAGGAGGAAAUGAAGCCAAAACUCUUAGUACAGGAAUGUACUGGGCCUGUAGAAAUAACCGAACCACAGCACAAUCUGCCUGAAGAAGCUGUUACUGAGCAGGGUGAAGUGUGCAUGGAUGACGCAGAAAAGACGGAGAACUUGGUUGAGACUGAAGGAGAGACCGAAAAGAAGGAAGAGGAUGUGCAGCAGGAUAAAGUGGGAGAAGAAACUGGUGUUGACAUGCCUAAAGAGGAAGUGGAAGAAAAGAAGAUACAACUAGAAGCUGAAGAGGACCGACCUAAAGCUGAAGUAGAUGCUCAGGAGUCUAUACAAGAGGAGAACAACACUGAGUCAGUGACCAAUACAGUUGUGAAAGAGAUUCCUGCUGAGACGGAGAAAAUAAUGAAUGAAAGUAAGACCUCUGUGGAUGUGUCACCUGUUAUCAUUAAUGGAGAGAAGGAUGAGGUAGACCAUAUGUCAAAGAAAACCACAGAAACAAAUCAUGAGCAGUCUGCAUCCCCUGAAGCAGCUACAGAGAAUGAGGUAGACCGGAGUAGAGCUGUGGCAAUUAAACCCGAUAUUGAGAAGGAUUCUGAUUCGGGAAGCAGCUCUGCAGCAGAUACUAACAGCAUUGACAUGAACCUGUCUAUCUCCAGCUUCCUAUCCAGAAGUAAGGAGGGAUCUAUUUCUGUACAGGAUGCCAAAUACCAGAAGAAGACUCUGAAAAAGACACGCAAGUUUAUGGUGGAUGGGGUGGAGGUCAGUGUCACCACUUCAAAGAUCGUUACUGAUAAUGACACCAAGAAUGAGGAACUGCGGUUUUUAAGGCGUCAGGAGCUGCGUGAGCUGAGGCUGCUACAGAAGGAGGAACAAAGAGCCCAUCAACAACUCAGCAAUAAGCUCCAGCAGCAGAAAGAACAACUGUUCCGACGCUUUGAGCAGGAGAUGACGGGAAAAAAGCGUCAAUAUGACCAGGAGGUGGAGAACCUAGAGAAGCAACAGAAGCAGACUGUUGAGCGCAUGGAACAAGACCACACCAAUCGUCUGAGGGAUGAAGCUAAGAGGAUCAAAUCUGAGCAAGACAAGGAGCUCUCAAAGUUCCAGAACAUGCUAAAGAAUCGCAAGAAAGAGGUCAAACAGGAGAUCAGCAUGUCCCCCAAACACAUGAGAAAAGAGCUUAUGAAACGCUUAAAGGAAGACCUCGUUGUUAUUCAGCAUGAAGAGGAACAGGAGUUUCUGCAGAAGCAACAGCAGGAGCUGGACGGCGCUCUGAAGAAAAUCAUCCAGCAGCACAAACUAGAGAUCGCCACCAUCGAGCGAGAUUGCCUCAACCAUAAGCAGCAGCUUAUGAGAGCGCGUGAGGCCGCCAUGUGGGAAUUGGAGGAGCGCCACCUGCAGGAGAAGCACCAAUUGCUGAAGCAGCAGCUGAAAGAUCAGUACUUCAUGCAGAGGCACCAGCUGCUAAAGAGACAUGACAAGGAGAUGGAGCAGAUGCAGGGUUAUAACCAGCGCCUGAUAGAAGAGAUGAAGAACAGGCAGGCUCAGGAGAGAGGCCGACUACCGAAGAUCCAGCGCAGUGACGCGAAGACUCGUAUGGCCAUGUUUAAGAAAAGUCUGCGCAUCACUGGCACAGGAACUCCGGAGCAGGACCGAGAGAAAAUUAAACAGUUUGCUGCACAGGAGGAGAAGAGACAGAAGAACGAGCGACUUCAUCAGCACCAGAAGCAUGAGAACCAAAUGAGAGACCUUCAGCUUCAGUGUGACUCCAACAUCAGAGAGCUUCAGCAGCUACAGAAUGAGAAGUGCCAUGUGCUAAUUGAGCAUGAGACUCAGAAGCUGAAGGAGCUGGAUGAGGAGCACGGUCAAGAGCUUAAAGACUGGAGAGAGAAACUUCGUCCCAGGAAGAAGGCUCUAGAAGAAGAGUUCACUCGGAAGAUUCAAGAACAGGAGGUCUUCUUUAAAAUGAGUGGCGAGUCGGAAUGCCUGAACCCCACUGCCCAAAGCAGAGUUUCUAAAUUCUACCCUAUUCCUAGUGUCCAUUCCUCUGGUUCGUAACCCACAUCAUACGAGGCAAUGGAAGGCUCUGUAGGUGCAACAUCAGCCUGGUGCUCCUUCUGUCUGAACGUCCACUGUAUGUGACACGAGGAACAUUGGAUUGAAUUGAAUGAUGUUCAGCUGAAUAUGGAAAGGACUAAACAGCAUUUCAGCAAAUGGAAAAUGAGUUAAUUAGUAAAUUACCCACUGUUAAACUAUGAAUCCAAUGGAUUAAUAUUUUAUUUCUUUUUCUUUAAUCUGCUGGGAGCUUUGCAUGGCUAUGGCACUAGCAGAGGUUAGACACAGUUACACUUUUGUCUUGGAGAAAUUGUUUCUUGGAAGCAAGCAUCAGAUGACUAAAGUCUAUACAAGGUCUAUGAAAUAUGAUUUCUGCUACGAUUAUGGUGUAAAUUGAUAAAGUAUACCCUGAAUCUCUGAAACUGUAGAAGACCAACAGUUGUGUGUGUGUGUGUGUGUGUGUGUGAGAUGUGCAGAUGUAUGCCUUGUAUCAAAUCGAGCUGCGUUUUCUUUAGUCUUGGAUCAUUUUUUUUUUUCUUCACUGUUUUCCAUCUUUUUGGAGUCUACAGUCUCUUAUUGUUUCAGCAAAUGCAUUUUUAUGGCCCAUCAUAACACCACUAUAAUAAACAUUUAGAACUUGGAACAACCUGAACUGAGAGACGGUAAGAAGUAAAUGAGGCCUACCUUUUUUUAUUUUUCUUUUUCUUCCUGUGUAUACUGAUAUAAAACCAUAAUAUUGUACAAGUUCUACUAGAUUUUGUAAAGGAUCAGCAGCAUCUUCACAUAUGUGCGUAAUAUUAAACCUGUCUAAACUUGCAGCUUUGCAAUUUUUCUAAAUAUACAAAUGUUACUUGUGUUAUAGCCUCAAAAACAAACUUGAGGUUGCAGGUUAACUGAGAAUGUAAUGUUUUGCUGUUUGAGAAAGGAAGAAGAGGGUGAAUGUUCAUAUAAUUACCUUUGUGUUACGUCCAGUGCUUUCUUUAUGAAGAAUUAAUUAUACAAAUUGUAAACUUGCACAUAUUACUCUGUUUACUGUGGUUCGUUUGAUCUUUUUGAUGAUGGGGAUGACUUUGGCAUUUGGAUGUACAGCAGUGAGAGACUGUUCAUUGCCUUCCAUUGGCAAGAUGCUUUUUUUUGGGGGGGAACUAUUUCUUUGUAUCUGUUUCUGUCAUGCAAGAAUGACACUAGUGCAUAAAUUCUGCUGUGUGGUUCAUGCAUAUGUGGACUAAUCCUGUAUCAUUUCAAAUGACAUGUCAUGCAGCCUUGACACAGCUGCUCACAUUUAGGGAUCAGGCAGGCUGCUUUAGAGGAGUUAGUGCUUAGUGACGGGGGGGGGAAAGUGAUGACAGAAUGAAUUCCCAGCAUGCUCUGUGUGCAACCAGUAGUUGGUACCAGACUCCCAGCAGUAGGAGCACAUCUGCCCUGAGAAACUGUUCUUUUAGCAGAUGUAGCUUGCUUUUUUUUUUUUGGUCAGAAUACAUAUUUUCUGUACAACUUGUACAAUGUUGGCAUAUGUGUCCAUACUACUCCUUGCAUGCUGAAAUCCUGAAUGCUGGAUUUGACUUGAGAACUGGAGCUCUAUGGACUUUACUCUCGAAGUCCUGUUGUACUAGUAGAGGCUUUGAGUCCCUAGAGCUGCAUAUGAUUCAUCACAUAUCAGGAUAUUUGCCACUGCGCUAGAAAAGUUGUUCUGGGGAUUUUAUUUGACUGGACAGUGAAAUUUAAACCUUGUGGCACUUUGUUGGUAUGUCUGAAGCAUUUUUACAGUUCAUUUGGCUGGUAUACCGAAUAGCUGGUGUUAUGCUGUAAAUAAAAUCUUACCAUUGUAUUUUC